AUGAAAGUAGACGAGCUCAUAAUCGAUGGAUUCAAAUCAUAUGCUACGCGUACCGUGAUAUCAGGUUGGGAUGCACUGUUCAAUGCUAUCACUGGGUUGAACGGGUCUGGAAAAUCAAACAUUCUCGACGCCAUUUGUUUCGUUCUUGGUAUAUCUUCCAUGCAAACUGUUCGAGCAUCUAAUUUGCAAGACUUGAUUUACAAGAGAGGUCAAGCAGGUGUUACAAAAGCGAGUGUUACUAUUGUGUUUGACAAUUCUGAGAUUUCAAAAUCGCCUAUUGGCUUUGAGACGUGCACUACUAUUAGUGUAACAAGGCAGAUCAUUUUAGGAGGCACAUCAAAGUAUUUGAUAAAUGGGCAUAAAGCACAACAACAAACAGUGCUAAGUCUUUUCCAGUCUGUGCAGUUGAACAUCAACAACCCCAACUUCUUGAUCAUGCAAGGUAAGAUCACAAAGGUGCUAAAUAUGAGGCCAAGCGAGAUUUUGUCAUUGAUUGAAGAGGCGGCUGGAACACGUACUUUUGAAGAAAAGAAGGGAAAGGCUAAAAAGGUUAUGGCGAAAAAGGAUUCCAAACUUAAGGAGAUAAAGACCUUGUUGGAGGAAGAGAUUGAACCUAAAUUUGAAAAGUUUAGAAAUGACAAGCGUGUGUACAUCGAGUUCAAAAAUACGGAAACUGCUUUGGAAAAGCACAGGCGUGUUGUGACAGCAUUUGAAUACUCAAAACUUACUCAUUUGUUUACAAACAAUUCUGAAUUCACAGCGCAACACGAGAACAAAAUUGCAGAAUUACAUUUGGAAGUGGAUAAAUUGACCCAUGAGAUCAAUAAUUUGAAUCAAGAUUUACAACAAGUUAAGGAACUGCGAGAAGCUAAUAUGAAAAAGGAUGGGAAAAUAAACGAGUUGGAGCAUCAAGAAUCCAAGUUAGCCAAUGAGCUUGAGAGAUUGAGAACCAAAAGAGGGUUAGUUGCGGAGGAGUUGACUAACGAAGCAGAAAAAUUGGAUCUGUUGAAUCAGAGAGAAAAAGAUUUGCAGAUAGCUUUAAAGGAGAGUGAAUCGUCAUUCAAGAGUCAUGAAAGCAAACACGAGGCUUCAAAGAGAGAGCUCACGUUAUUGAAGGAGCAGUUUGAAAAGAAACAGGAGUUGUUGGCUGGGUUGAGUACCGGUUUAUCAUCUAAAGGUGGAGUCUCAACGGGGUACGCGUCUCAGCUCAGUGAUGUCAAAAAUAAACACAGCUCCUCCUUGAGUCAAAUUGAGCAAAACAAGCUAAAGAUGGAGCAUCUUGUGCAAGGAUUGAAGGCGGAUGAACCAAAACUUGCAAAGGCAAAGGAAGAGUUUGACAGGUUCAUAGCCAAUGUUAAAGGCAUCGAAGGAGAGAUUGGAAAUAGAGAAGCCGAGUUGGGUAAAGCCAUGGGUUCGAAUACUAUAAACAUUGACAAAAUACGCGAAAGGGAAUUUGAACUCAAAUCUCAACAAGACAAACUACUUAGAGAGUUGAAUUACAUGAAGCAAAGUCUACGAGGCCUUGAUUUCUACUAUGAGAAGCCGUACCCAAAUUUCGAUGUCCGUUUAGUUCAAGGUGUUGUUGCUCAGUUGUUCGAUUUACCGGAAUCUUCAUAUGACAAGGCUAUCGCCUUGCAGACGUGUGCUGGUGGAAGGUUGUACAACGUGGUAGUCCAAACAAGUGAGGUUGCGUCACAAUUGCUAGAACGUGGGCGUUUGAGGAAAAGGGUGACCAUGAUUCCUUUGGAUAAAAUUAACCCUAAUGUCUUGGGUGCGGCGGUUGUUGAAAAAGCUCAAGAGAUUGCGCCAGGGAAGGUUGAAUUGGCGCUAAAUUUGAUUGAAUAUGACCAAGAAAUCCACAAAGCCAUGCAGUAUGUAUUCGGUACUACGUUCAUUUGUGCCGAUCCAGAUGCAGCCAAAAAAGUCACUUUUGAUCCUCAAGUUAGGACCAGAUCAAUAACAGUUGAAGGUGAUACCUAUGAUCCCGAGGGUAAUAUAUCUGGAGGUUCACGCCGAAACAAUACAGCAUUAUUGCUUGCAUUAAAGGAUUACAACAAGGUCCUUAAAAAGUUGAACGUUGUUGAUGACGAGUUGUAUCAAAUAAAGGAAGACGUUGACAACUGGGAGAGAGGUUUACAAGAAACGGGUGGGUUGAGGAAAGAACUUGAAAUGAAAAAGUAUGAGUUGUCAUUGCUUCAAAGGAAGCUUGAGAGCAAUCAAGCUUCGUCAUUUUUGAAAUCGAAUGAGGAGAGGAAACGCGAGAUUGAAAAGUUGGCUAGAGAGAUUGAGCUGUUGGAGAGUGAUUGUUUUCAAUUCGAGUCAGAGAUUAAACAGAUUGAAAAAGAUAUGCAAGAGUUUAAUAAUGACAAGGGCAGCAAAAUUUCUCAAUUGAAACAUGAAAUAAAGGAGAUGAAACUAAUAUUGGACAAAAAGCAAAAGGAAAUGGCAUUGGAGACUGAAAAUUUUCAAGUUCUACAAUGGGAGACUGAACAGCAACAAAAUGAGUUGAAAGAAGUUCAAGCUCAGCUUUCAGGCACUCAGCAAAAUAUAAACGAGCUCAAGAUAAAGGAUCAACAGGAUCUGGACGCCCAAGAGAGAAUGGAGAGAGAGUUGGCUCUUGUAAAGGCGCAAGUUGCUGAAGAGAAAUCCAGUUUGGCGGGGCUCGACGACGAACUCAAUGAAUUGACCAAAAUAAUAGCUGCCAAAACGAAAAGAGCUGAAAAUUUGAAGGUGAAGAUCAAAAGCAUCAACUUUGAAUUGGAGAAAUCGCGCAAUGCCACAACUGAUCUACGUAAGAGGUUGGAUCAAAUAAUGAGUGAUCACGAAUGGGUAUUGGAUAUGCGUGCGGUGGAUCAUGAAGUAUCAGAACAUAGGAACUUGAAUCUUGAAGAAGCAAAGGAGCAGUUGGCUCAGUUGGAGGAAAAAUUUCAGGCAAUGAGACGUAAGGUGAAUGUCAAUGUGAUUAGUAUGAUUGAGGAAAACGAGAAAAGAGAAGCUUCAUUAAAGUUAAAGAUUAAAACAAUUGAAAAAGACAAGACCAAGAUCGAGUCAACGAUUGAAAAGUUGAAUGGUGAAAUAAGGAAAGCAUUGAACGGAACUUAUCAGAAAGUGUCGGAAGACUUUGGUCAGAUCUUUGCUGACUUACUUCCUGGGUCAUUUGCAAAGUUGGUUCCGGUCAACAUGAUGGAUGUCACAGAAGGUCUCGAAGUUAAAGUGAAACUUGGCCCAGUUUGGAAAAAUAGUUUGUUGGAGUUAUCCGGUGGUCAACGGUCCCUUAUAGCCUUGUCCUUGAUUAUGGCCUUGCUUCAAUUCAAUCCAGCACCAAUGUACAUCUUAGACGAAGUUGAUGCAGCGUUGGAUCUUUCGCAUACCCAAAACAUUGGUCAUUUGAUCAAAACCAGAUUCAAAGGAUCUCAGUUUAUUGUUGUCUCGUUGAAGGAGGGAAUGUUUACCAAUGCCAACAGAGUGUUUAGGACUAGAUUCCAGGAUGGUACCUCUGUUGUAUCUGUGAUGUAA